AUGGAGGGCCAGGCCCCAAGCAGAGGCCUUGUAGAAAAGCCCCUCCCCGCCACGGCCACCCCGACGCUGUCCUCCGUGGGAGCCGUUUUCAUUCUCCUGAAGUCCGCGCUGGGGGCGGGCCUGCUCAGCUUCCCCUGGGCCUUCCACAAAGCGGGCGGAGUCGUCCCGGCCUUCCUGGUGGAGCUGAUCUCCUUGGUCUUCUUGGUCAGUGGCCUGGUCAUCCUGGGCUACGCAGCCUCCGUCAGCGGCCAGGCCACCUACCAGAGCGUGGUCAGGGGGCUGUGCGGCCCCGCUGUCGGGAAGCUGUGUGAGGCCUGCUUCCUCGUCAACCUCUUCAUGAUCUCCGUGGCCUUCCUCAGGGUGAUCGGGGACCAGCUGGAGAAGUUGUGUGACUCUCUCCUGCCCGGUUCCCCAUUGGCCCUGCGGCCCUGGUACGCCGACCAGCGCUUCACCCUCCCCCUGCUCUGCGCGCUGCUCGUCCUGCCCCUGUCCGCCCCGCGGGAGAUCGCCUUCCAGAAACACACCAGCAUCCUGGGCACCUUGGCCGCCUGCUACCUGGCCCUGGUCGUCACCGUGAAGUACUACCUCCGGACCCCGGGCCUGGUCCGCGAGCCCCGUCCCUCGCUGAGCCCUUCCUCCUGGACCUCUGCAUUCAGUGUCUUCCCCACCAUCUGCUUCGGAUUCCAGUGCCACGAGGCCGCUGUCUCUGUCUACUGCAGCACACGCCCCCGCAGCCUCUCCCGCUGGGCGCUGGUCUCCGCGCUGUCCCUGCUGGCCUGCUGCCUCGUCUACUCGCUCACGGGGGCUUACGGCUUCCUGACCUUCGGGACAGAAGUUUCUGCUGACGUCUUGAUGUCCUACCCUGGUGACGACGUGGUCAUUGUUGUCGCCCGGGUCCUCUUUGCUGUCUCCGUCGUUACUGUCUACCCCAUCGUGCUCUUCCUGGGGAGGUCGGUGAUGCAGGACUUUUGGAGGAGGAGCUGCCGGGGGGCCUGGGGGCCCAGGGAGCUGGCCGACCCCUCAGGGCCAUGGGUCCGGAUGCCGCUGACCGUCCUGUGGGUCACUGUGACGCUCGCCACGGCCCUGUUUGUGCCCGACCUCAGCGAGAUCGUCAGCAUCACCGGCGGCCUCAGCUCCUUCUUCAUCUUCAUCUUCCCAGGUUUGUGCCUCAUCUGCGCAAUGGGCAUCGAGCCCGUAGGACCGAGAGCCAAGUGCUGCCUGGAGGCCUGGGGCGUGCUCUCCGUGCUGGUCGGCACCUUCAUCUUCGGGCAGAGCACGGUGGCCGCGCUCUUGGAGCUGCUCUGAUGGGUGUCCUCGCCGGGCAGGAGGGGCCCUCCUCAGGUGGACCCCAGGCGGCUGCUGCGUCCAGCCGUGAGACCAGGGCAAUUUCUUCUCAUCGUGAAGAUGCUGGAGAAACAGA